UUAAUGGACUGACAACUCACCAAGUUUCAAGACGAAAUAUAAGAAAAGUAUAGAAAACCUUGCGGUUUCACUUCAGAUUAACUUGUAACUUUUUAUAUAGCCUAUAGAGAAUCGGAGAAAUGGCCAGUCCACGAACAAAGAGAGUUUUGAAAGACAUUCGUCUCAAAGACGACAAUAACAAAUGCUUUGAAUGCGGUGCACACAAUCCUCAGUGGGUCAGCGUUAGCUAUGGAAUAUGGAUUUGUCUAGAAUGCUCAGGAAAACACAGAGGAUUAGGUGUACAUUUAAGUUUUGUAAGAUCUGUUUCUAUGGACAAAUGGAAAGACUCUGAAUUAGAGAAAAUGAAGGCGGGAGGAAACAGAAAAGCACUGGAGUUCUUUCAGUCACAGUCAGACUUUUCUGAUGGAAUGUCCAUUCAGGAUAAAUACAACUCAAAAGCUGCGGCAUUAUUACGAGACAAGAUAACAACAGAGGCAGAGGGAAAAUCCUGGAGUAUAUCCACCUCCUCAGCAAAAGACUACGUAGCAUUCAAACCCCGCAGUACCUUGCCAAAGUCAUCCAGUUAUUCAAAACCCCACUCCAAUGGCUACAGCAAUUUCGGUGCAGACGACAGCUACCAAGAUAACUAUCAGGAUGCAGAGUUCUACAAAAGUGAUGAUUUCAAAAAGAAGAGGGAUGAUUUCUUUGAUCGACAACAAAGGGAAAAUGCCAAUAGACCCGACGAUCUGCCACCCAGUCAAGGGGGGAAAUAUGUAGGAUUUGGGAGUUCCCCUGCUCCCCAGUCAAAGAACGAUGAUUUCUUUGACACGACUCUAUCAUCUCUAUCAUCUGGCUGGUCAUCGUUUACAAUUGGAGCCACAAAAUUUGCCUCAGUUGCGUCUGAAAAGGCCGCCAAAGCUGCUAGCGCUGCUUCAAAGAAGACAAAGGAGUUCGGACUAACAGUGAAUGAAUCAGUUAUAAAGCCCACAAAAGAAAAGGUAAAGGAAGGUAAAAUUCUGGAUGAUGUCUCAACAUCAAUGUCCAGUUUCGCCAGCCGAGUGAAAGAAGGUACUUUGAUCAACGACGUCGGAACCUCCAUGAGCGGGUUUGCAGCCAAGAUCAGUUCAAAAGGAUGGACCAACUUUUCCUUGUGGGGUGACUCUAAGUCCCCAACAGGGGGCCCAGGGGAGAAGUCUUCACUCCUGUUAGACAAGUCAUCAAACAGCAGUGAUCCUAGUCAGAAUAGUUUGCUGGACAAUGAGGAUGAUUCCUGGGGAGGAUGGGAAGAGACCGACUCUUAUCAGAGCAAAAAGGAGGCUUCAUCCCAAAGCAAAAAGAAGAACAAACCACAGAAACUUACCGAGGAAGACGAGUUUGAGGCGUGGCUGAAUGAUGACGCACCACUCCAGUCGUCCAAAUCCAAAUCAAAAAGCAAAGAUGAAUGGGAUGACUGGGGCGAGGAAAAGACUGAGAAGAAGAGUAAGAAAUCGGACAAAAGUGUGAAAAAAUCAGGGGACAAAUCGUCUUCUGGAGGGGAUGGGUGGAGUGACGUGAAUUGGGACUCAGACUUUGCCUCACCCCAGAAGCAGAAGCAGCCUCUGGUUGGGAAUCUGUUGGACUUUGGUGAGGAGGAGGAGGAGGAGGAAACAAAGGGAACCUCCUCAGGGUGGGACAAUGAGGUCUGGGCAGAUGACGAUGAUGAUGACAACUGGCAGAGUCUGGAAGAAAACUCCAAGCUGAAAUGAUCAAGGUUGUUGGUUAGGAGUUAUACCAUUUCUAUGUGCCAGUAUUUGUCAUGAUUUCUGUACAAUCUCAGCAUUGUAUAAAGACCUGUUUUAAGAAAAAAAUAAGUUAAUAUCACUCACUGCAUGUUUAUUUCAGCCUAGCUUUACUGGUUUUUUGAUUAACCUUAUUCUUGACUGUAUACAUAUACAUGUAUGUAUAUGCACCAUAAACAGCAAUUGUGUGUACAAGUUUUAUGACGUCAAUAUGUAAAGUUAUUGCAGGUUCUAAAAAAGGAAUAGAAAAAAAAUGACUGGAUUUAGAAAUUGCUCAGAUAUGUAAAUGUCAAGCAUUAUUUAAUUUACUGUAAGUUUUAAAUAUGUUGAUGAAUGUGGCAAUUGUAAGGUCAUGUAUUUAUUUUGUUGUCCAAAUAGGUGCAAUUCUAGUCCAGUGGACACUGGAAUAGGAUGGCUAGAUUGAUUCAUUAUAAAGCUAGAAAUAGUACAAGUUCAUGUAUUAAUAUAGAAAAUUGUGCAAUACUAAGUUAAUGGUUAGGAAAUUUGUUACACACAGAGCCCAAUAUUUAAAUAGUGAGAUGGGCAGAAGACCAAAUCAUCAUCGCAGAAUUUCUAACAAUUACUGUAAAAUCAUAAAAUUAACCAGUGACUCGAUCUUCAUAUUUCCAUGGAAACCCUCACACAUAUGUUUACUUCCUCACUGAACUAUGAAAAACACAAUCUCCAUUUACUAAUUAUACAUUAUAUUGACAAAAACAUGUAAACAAAAAAAUUAGCAAUUCAUAAAAAAAAUGACCCCCUCGAAGUGAACAAGUUCACAGUAUAAGGUUGUUACUUUCAUUUUUGAUUUUCAUUCCUUUUCUGUAUUAUUAAAAACUUGUGCGUAGAAAUACACCAAUAAUAUCUUUGAACCUUUUUUGUAUGUAAAUAAUAAGAUGACUCAAUUGAAUGUCAAAUGGAUUUCAUCUAAAAUUGGUUAUUAAUCAUAUUUGUUAGAUACGCUUUUAAGAGUGCUAAGUGAAUUACGGACUGUAUAUGUUAUUGUUUUUGCAAACAAAUGAUGCAGCUGGUUUGUGUCUAGUGAUAGAAUUGCUGUUACAAGUUAAUGGCUACUAUACUUUAAAUUAUUGUAGCUGGGUUUUUUUUUUAAACCCUUGGAUGUUUUUGUCUGAUUUCCUCAAAACAUAGUAUGAUAUGAAAUACAUGUCCAUAAUUAUGUAUGAUUAAUAUCAGCAUAUUUACUCUCAAUAUACAAACUUGCAGCCUGAUGAAGGUGAUGUAACAAAAAAAAAAACAUUGUCCUUUUUUUUUCAAUGAGAAAUUUGAAGGCAAACAUGUUGAUUUCUCUUAGUCUAAGAGUCUUAGAAAUGGCUGAUGCCUAGUAAAUUAAAUUCUUGUUGAAGGAAUUUUUGAGUCAAACCCUCAAACUGCCAAAAACAAAUUUUUGUUAAUUGUUUUAAUGUUUUUCAUGCUUCUUUUAUAUUUUCAUUUAUGGUAUGUGUUUUGGGGCAUUAGAGGUUAUUUUCUAAACUCUCCACAACUCUUAAAAGAUAAAUAUGAUACCAUUUGACAAUAAAUUGUCCUAAAUUUGUUGUACUGUUUUUGAUUUUGAUGUAUAGAUGAAAACUGCAAGUUGGCCAUUUUAAUAUAUUUCUAGUAUUAAAGCAAGAUUAAACAGUAUUUGAUUUGGUGCAUUAAUGAAAAUAGUUGCUUACUUCAAUAAACAGUAAUGUAAUGCAUCAAUCAUAGUCACUGAGGAAAAAUUGCCUUGAUUAAAGAUAUUAUUUGAUUUACUUAUGAAAAGUAAGUCACUGCAUUGAUUAUACAUGUAUGAGGUUUUCUUAUCAUUAUAUUUUAAAUCAGUAACAUUCUGACCACUUCAAAUAAUGUGUAAUGGCAUAUCCAUGUACAUGCAAUGAGUCCUCUCAAAUCUGAUUUUAAUGAACUUGGCUCUGUUAUUUUUUUUAAUUUCAUUUGUACAUAAUAAUGAAAAUUUACCUGUACACUUAUAAAAAAUAUAAAUAUAAAAAAGUUGUCAACCCUCUGUGCAUUGAAUUUCGACUGUGAUAUGAUAAAAAAAAAAAAAAAGGAAUCAAAACUAUGAUUGAAAUGAAUGCCUUUUUUGUUAUCUUUCUGAGAGUUAUCUCUCUUGUAAGAGGGUAAAUAAAUAAGCCUUAAAAUAUACUGGAAUUUAAAGUUAAAUCUUAUUUUCAACACAGUUUUAUCAUGUAUUGAUGUCAAAAGAAGUUGGGUGCAGCUAGACUUCUUUAGUUUGCUGUCAUUCUGACAAAAAUGUUUUUAGCUUCGAACAGAUCCAAUGUACAUGUGCUAUGUAUUUUUGCCACAAAUGCAUAUUUUGUUGGAAAAAGAUGGAAUAAAUGUUUUAAACUCAU